AUGAUUCCAGUAUUCUCGAAGUACAUGUUCGGUAAACGCAUGACGCCCGCGGAGCGUCUGCGCAAGAAUCAGCGAUCGCUCGACAAGGCCAUCCGGGAGCUCGACCAACUCCGCGUCAAGCUCGAGAAGCAGGAAAAGACAUUGAUACAGCAAAUCAAGACAUCUGCGCAGAAGGGCCAGAUGGGCGCGUGUAAAAUUCAGGCCAAGGAUCUUGUCAGGACAAGGAGGUAUAUCGAGAAGUUCUACGAUAUGAGAACUAAGAUUGCGAUGGAGUUUGAGAGAGAGAACGAUAUCAUGGAGCAGAGACAAGAAAUGAUGGAUGAUGCGAUCGAUGACGCAAUGGACGUCGGAGCAGAGGAAGAGGGAGACGAAGUGGUCGAGCAGGUCCUCGAGGAGAUUGAGUAG